AUGGCGGACGCGCACGUCAGCUCCAGAGAUGUGGAUGAGCACAUCAGCAGUCUGAAGCAGUGCAAAAUCAUCUCGGAGGACGCCGUCAAGGCGCUGUGCGAAAAGGCAAAGGAAAUCUUGAUGGAGGAGUCCAACGUGCACCACGUGCCGAUCCCCGCCGUGGUGGUGGGCGACAUCCACGGGCAGUUUUACGACCUGCUCGAGCUGUUCGACGUCGGCGGUCAGGUGCCCUCCGUGAACUAUGUCUUCAUGGGCGACUUUGUCGACCGUGGCUACUACUCGGUCGAGACGUUCCUGCUGCUGCUUGCGCUCAAGGUCCGGUACCCAAAGCGCGUCACGCUGAUCCGAGGCAACCACGAGAGCCGACAGAUCACGCAGGUGUACGGCUUCUACGACGAGUGCCUCAAGAAGUACGGAAACACGGCUGUCUGGCGAGCGUGCGUCGACGUGUUCGACUGCCUCUGCCUUUCCGCAGUGGUGGACAACUCGGUGCUGUGCGUGCACGGGGGCCUCUCCCCCUCCCUCGACACCAUCGACCAGAUCCAGGACCUCCACCGCGUCCAGGAGCCCCCUCACGAGGGGCCCAUGUGCGACCUCAUGUGGUCUGACCCGGACGACGACAUCCAGGGCUGGGGCAUCUCCGCGCGCGGCGCCGGCUACGUCUUUGGCCCCGACAUCGCCGACCAGUUCCUGUACGCAAACCACCUCGAGCUCAUCGCCCGCUCGCACCAGCUGGCGAUGGAGGGGUACAAGUACUUCUUCGGCCAGCUGCUCGUCACCGUCUGGUCGGCGCCAAACUACUGCUACCGCUGCGGCAACGUCGCCGCCAUCCUCACCAUCUCGGUCGAGGGAGCCAUCGACUUUCAGGUCUUCGAGCCGCGGCCGCAGCACUUGCGCAAGGUGCCCGACUUCACUACGCGCAUGCCAGACUACUUCCUGUGAUCCGCCCUCCCCCCUCCGCCUCGCCCCCGUCGAGAGAGCGCGCGCGGCUGCCAGCUUGCGAGCGCGUCUCGCGCCGCAUGUGUCUCGAGACGGCAGACGCGUUUCAGAUUCAUGAAGAGACACGGACGAGAUGCGCGCCGCCCCCCGAGCUCCCGUCUAAACCGCGCGCGUAGUCGCACUCUCGUCUCUCGCCGCACGCCGCCGCGGUCUCGGUACGCGCCACAGCUCUUGUUUCUUUAGAAUGGGGAGGUGUAGACGCA